CACUGAUUUCCCCGACAGCCAGGAUCUCUUCAUCACCCUUACAGAGAUCCCCUACGAAGCGUCUCCAGCCGUUACCCCGGACACAGAAUCUGGGGAAGGAUCAGCCAGUAAGUGUUGUAAACAUCUAAACAUUUAUUUUUAACAGAACAGGAAUAUUAACAAUUAAAAGAAUGGGUUGUUCAUGAUUACUGUGCCCUAGGCGCUUAACGGUUUAGUCAUGGGCAGUGCAAGUUUUGAAAAAAAAAUCUAGCAAUGUCCGGUUUUCCGUGAUUGUCCAGCACAAGCCGCUCUACUGUUUAUUCCCUGCUACUGCAGCUACAGUAAAAUGCGGUCUAUAUGUCCGGGGAUAGAGCAGUAAUCCUCCUGGGACAUCUCGAUGAAGCUCUCCUGGAGGUAAUUGGAAAGCCGUUGCAUGAGGUUCCUGGGGAGAGCGGCCUUAUUGGGUCCUCCGAAGUACGACACGUUGCCGCGCCACGAGACUAUCAAGUACUCGGGAAUCAUUGCUCUGCACAGCAGGGCGGCAUACGGCCCUGGUCUUUGGAGGCUUUCCCGGAGCAUUCUCUCUCUCUCGCUCUCAGAGAUCCUCAUCAGGGUGAUGUCGCCCAUGGUGACCUGCUUUGAAUUAGCCCCAUCUGCGACUGUCUCAGAACCUAGCCUGGCAUCACACUCCCAGAGGCUAGCGCGGAUUAGGCGUAGGAAGAAGAGGACACGGGAGGACAUGUUCUCUGAGCUUAUGGCCUGUUCCCAAGCCCAGGUAGCACAGCAGACCCAGUGGCGGGAGAAAUUGACCCAAAUGCACCAAGCAAACAUGGAUCGGGAGGAGAGGUGGCGGCAGGAAGACCAGCAGGCGACUCAAACGCUGCUUGGACUACUGAGGGAGCAAACAGACACGCUCCGGCGCCUUGUGGAUGUUCUGCAGGAACGGAGGCAGGAGGACAGAGCCCCGCUGCAGUCCAUCUCUAACCGCCCUCCCCCGCCACCAAGUCCCAUACCCACCUCACCCAAAGUGCAAAGAAGGAGAGGCGGCAGAGUCCCUGCUAACUCUCACUCCACCCCUGCAGAGAGCUCUAGUAGCAGAAGGCUCUCAUUCCCCAAAAUUUGAAAAGUUCUUUCCUUCCCGCCUGACACAAGCCCCCGUCCAAGUUUCACCUCCCAGU